AUUGUUUUGUAUUUUGUAAAAUUACUCAGUGGUAACCGUAACUUUUGAAUGUAUAUAACUUUCAUUUGUUUUGUUUUUAGUUCGACGGAGAGCACCCUGUCUGAUUCUGAAUUGGACUCGUGCGAUUUACACGAUGUAAAAUUCAUCCCUAAUGUAUCAUCUUUUGUACUGGACAGCCAAGAAAAUCUGCGCAAGUCCCAUGUAAAGAAAGCUGCAAGAACAAAAUGUGAACACAAAUUAGCGCCAUUGGGCGACGAUUAUAUCACAUGCGCUGUCGUCGGAACCCUAACAGACAAGUCCAACACACAACGCCACAAAGGAACACUAGAGCAGGACUGUUUUCCUCAAAAUUACAGAAAAUAUUUCUCUUCCCAGGAUGACGUACCUAUGGUGUACACUGGAAAUUUGUUACCGGAGUUCCCUGAGCUUCGAGACUCUUAUGAUCAAUUUUGCAUGAGUGAACACAGCUCACGUGACGACCUGGACGGUAAGCUAAGCAAUAGAGGUUCAAGCAUGGCUGUACUAUGCGAACUUAAAUCUGCCAGAGGAAUGAGAGAUUCCAUGUACUCUUCCGACGAGAGCGUUCAUGCCUGUAAACGGCGUAGAAAGACGAUUUUAGAACAGGUAGAUGCAGAUGGGAAGAAUCACCGUUGGUCAAUGCCCGAGUUCACCAAACUUUGGAAGGAUAACUGUGACAGUGAUCCAGAUUACUACUUAAAUGACCAAUAUGAUUCAUUUGUACACCAAAAACACGGGCAAUCCUUCAGUGAACAAUCGACUCAAACGUGUAGUACGCCGGUUCUAAGUCAAAGAAACUCGAAUCAAUGCUUACUCGAAUACCCACACUACGAGGCUAACACAGCAUACUACCCAAAUAUUGAGAAAACGAAACCUACAGCUAAAGAAAGGAUCGUGCUCGGUGAAUCAAAGUCUUGCCCAUCUUUGGUUUCAGUUGAACGUUCAACAUACUACGAUACUCGAGAUUAUGACAGCUCUGGUUUCUACGAUGACAGCGGUGAUGAUUCGUUAACGUCAUCCCCAAUGCACAGUCGUACUUCAGUAAACACAGUAAAAGAAAAUCCUCAAUGGCAUGGGUAUAAAGCCGACCUGAAAGAUAGCGGAAUUUAUGCUAAUGAAGAUGUUGAUAGCACUGCUUCAGUAAGUGAAAUCAAUGUCUACGCAAGUGAUUCUGGUUAUAGUGGGAUGAGUAAAGGAGCAAGAGAUAGCCUGGAAGGAGACGAAACAUACUUUGAUCAAAUCGAGGAAAAACAUGUAGACAAGUUAAGCCAACCCAAACAUGUCAGAGAAAUUUCAAAUUCUCGGGUAGAUUACACAAACAAUGAGGAUUUUGAAAAUUAUGACAACGGUCACGUAUGCGACUUAGAUCCGCAUUUCAAAAGCCACCAUAAAGCAAAUUUAGGAAGAGACGUAUUGCACGGAGAGAAGGGCAAGCGUUGUGCCCAACUCAUGCAAGAAUAUAUAGUAAACAGAACACUAGAUUCCUAUCCACCAUCUAGUUCAUUCUACCGAACAUCGACGGUUUGAUGUUCAUUAUGCAUGCGUCAAGAAGAAGAAAUGGGAAGAUUAUUGAAAAUAUGUAAACAUUACAAUGAUUAUAUCAGUUGUAAAAAUGUGUAAAGAAUGCACCCAUCCACAAAAUAGUCUUGUGUAUUUCGUUUGAAAAACAUAAAUUGCAAUAUGCGAUUUGUUUUUUCUCGCCUCGCGUCCGCAGCAGA